UCCAAACCUAUUUGAACUCAAAUUCAUCCCUUCUUCCCAUCUAGACAUACCAAAAGGAGAAAGAAAGAAAGAAAAUGGCAUAUUCACUGGUCUCGACUACAGUGGAUAAGUUGAAUAACAUCCUCCUAGAUGAGGUAGCUUUGUUGGUGGGUGUCACCGAUGAGAUCGAAAGGCUUUCCAGUACGUUGACCUUGAUCCAGGCUGUGCUUACAGAUGCUGAAACUCGGCAAGUUAAGGACAAAGCUGUGAAGAUCUGGUUGGAAAGGCUCAAAGAUGUGUCGUACGAUCUGGAUGACUUACUAGAUGAAUGGACGACAGAAGCUCUCAGAUUGCAAGCACCAGAUGAAGAUUGUGGAUCCUCUUUCGGUAAGAAGAUGGUAAGGGGCUUCCUCUCACCUGUUACUUCCUUCAAUCAUGUCAUGUUGCGCCACAAAAUUAGGAUUAGAAUAAAGGAGGUGAGGGGUAGAUUAGAUGAAAUCGCCAAAGAGAAGAGCCAAUUGGGUCUUAGAGUAGAUUGUGGAGAGAGUGAGAGAUUGGAUAGUGAAGUGAGGCGGGGUGAGAGAGAGACAAGCUCCUUACUCGACCAAUCGUUAGUUGUCGGUAGAGAACGUGAAAAAAAAGACGUCCUAGACUUGCUGCUGAGGGAGAGUAGUGGAGAGGUGAAUGAGGUGCCUGUUGUCAUUUCUAUUGUUGGAAUGGGGGGCUUGGGGAAAACUACCCUUGCUCAGCUCUUGUACAAUGAUGAUGAUGUGAAGGGACAUUUCAACAUGAGAAUGUGGGUGUGUGUUUCAGAAGAUUUUGAUGUGAAACGGAUUACAAAAUCAAUCAUAGAAUCUUGUGAUUCUGGGGCUAGUUGUCAGCAUCUAGACCUGGACAUGUUGCAAAGUCGCCUCUGCAAAAUGUUGUGUACAAAGCGAUUCUUGCUUGUGCUUGAUGACAUUUGGAGUGAAGAUAGUGAGAAGUGGGAUAAACUGAGACUUCCCUUCCAAACUGGUGCAUUUGGGAGUCGAAUCGUCGUAACCACCCGCAGUGAGAAGGUUGCGUUGGCGAUGGGAACUAACUGCAUGUACAAACUGGCAGUUUUAUCCGAAGAUAACUGCUGGUUAUUGUUUAGCCGUGGAGCACUCAAGCGUCGGAAUGCAGAAGAGUCUUCGGAGUUGGAAGAGAUUGGAAGGGAAAUUGUAAAGAAGUGUGGAGGGGUGCCUCUCGCAGCAAAGACAAUAGGGAGUGCCAUGUGCUCGAGAAGGACGAGAAGCCAGUGGGAUCUUGUCUUGGGAAGUGAGAUAUGGAACUCAGGUGAUGUCUUGGGAGGCAUUUUACCAUCUUUAUUACUAAGCUACUAUGAUUUGCCUCCUACUCUGAAGCAGUGCUUCACAUAUUGCUCUGUUUUCCCAAAAGAUUGGUGGAUCAACAAGGAUGUUAUAAUCAAGCUAUGGGUGGCCCAAGGUUUCAUUUGCUCCGAGAGAAGUGGAGAAAUGGAGGAAAUCAGCAAACUGUAUUUUGAUGAUUUGUUAAGGCGCUCCUUACUCCAAGAUGCGGAAAUUGAUAGUGAUGGCAGCAUAUUCAGGUGCAAGAUGCAUGAUUUAGUUCAUGAUCUUGCGCAAUCUGUUGCAAGAAGUGACUGUUCAGUUGUGGAGAUCAGAAAGCAAACCUUAUUUAACCUAAACAAUGUCCGCCAUUCUUUUUUAAUUGGCAGUGAUGAAGUUAAUGAUGAACCUGAUGCAGUGGCUUCCAUCUUGUAUAAGGCCGAUAAGUUGCGGACGUUGGUACUCCACUCAACGAUCUCCAGAGUGCCACACAAUUUAUUUCGUUUGAGAUGCCUUAGGGCAUUGGAUUUGAGUCGAACUAGCAUUGAGGAAUUGCCUCCAACAGUAGGACAGUUGAAACACUUGAGAUAUCUUGAUUUAUCUUACACAUGCAUGAAGGAGUUGCCAGAGGAGGUGAGUAACUGCAGAAAUUUACAGACCUUGCGACUCAAUGGCUGUGCUAGGCUAUGUAAACUGCCUAUAGAGAUGAGGAAAAUGAUUAGCAUGAGACAUCUAGAAUUAGAUGACACUCACAUGCUGAAGUUCUUACCCCUGGGUAUAGGAAGACUAACUGAGCUUCGGACGUUAACAAAUUUCAUUGUGGGGGGUGGCGAUGAAGGAUGUAAAUGCGGAGAACUGAAACACCUCAAUCAUCUUCAAGGAAGACUUCAAAUUACUGGCUUGGAAAAUGUCAGGAGCAAGGAUGAAGCUACUGUUGUUGCAGGUAAGCAGAUGAUAAAAUUAAUCAAUAAUAAUUCGAACCCCAAACCUGUUUGGAAGAAUCAGAAUCGCUGAAUAUAGAUUAAUGUUGGGACAAGGCGUGGACUAUGUUACUCUAUUUGAGAUAGUUC